CUUUACUUCCUGCCUGCCAUAACUUUAUGGAACUCAAUACAGCAGGGCAGUUUUCCCGUUAGUAGUCAUCUCACUUGAUGAACACAAAGCCGCUUGGGACUGAUCAUGACCCAUCAGAAGCAGCAAGAUUUCACGGAGAGGUAUGAGGCGGCCCUCUUGUGGAUGCAGGCUUCCCAGGAGAUACUUAAAGCGAAUGACAACACCCAGGGGCCCCUUGAUGCCUUGGAGGCCAGACUCAGGGAGACAGAGAAAAUCCAUCAGUCAGAGCAUGAAGGUCGUGUAAAGAUGGAGAUGGCGCUGGUUGCAGCAGAGAAACUUUUGGAGAACGGAGAUGAAGAACUGAGGAAACACACCCUCGCUAAACUCAAAUAUCUGAAAAGUCUGUGGGAGGAGACCUCCACCUACAUCAUCCAUUGUCACAGUCGAAUUGAGUGGGUGUGGCUUCACUGGAGUGAGUACCUGAAGGCUUACGAGGAGAUUGAGCUUUGGCUGACAAGGCAGCAGCGCAUCUUGAAUGCUGGAGUGGAGCUGCAGCUGGGGUUGAAGGAGAAGCUUUGGCAGGUGGACCAUCAAAGAGUGAUAGUUAGCGACAUUCAUGGACAGGCUGUGCUGUUGGAGAGGCUGUUGAACGAGGCGGCAGCACUGCACAACAGAACCCAGGACAACAGUGUGGAGCCCAAAACCCAGAAGAGGCUGCAGGAGGCUUACAAAGACGUCCAAGAAAGAGCUGAGGAGCGUCUGUUGCUGCUUCAGAAGAUUGCUGAGGAUCAUCAGACAUACCAAGGCAGUGUUCAGGGGUUCCAGUCGUGGCUGCUGUCAAAAACCAAGGAGUUAACUGAUCUGAUGGACAGAGAGAACACAGCUGAGAUUAAGCUCAAAGCCUUACAAGCUCUGGAUGACAGUGUGGCCGGUGAGGAGAAGAACCUUCAGCAUAUCGAGGGUGUUGUUGAGGCAGUGAGGAGCAGCACCUCUCCAGCAGGUGUGGAGGUAGUGGUGGAAGAGGCUGAGGAGCUGAGGCUUGGCUGGCAAAGGCUGAGGCAGGGCCUCUGUGAGGCUGAGGAGGGCCUGCGCUUGAGACUGGACUCUUACAGCCACUACAUGGCCAAUUGCCAGCAGCUUGGAGAGGACAUUGGCCGCCUCAGGCAGCUGUUGCAGGGGCUGAACCAGGAGCUGGAUGAGGGAUGCGAGAUAGAGGACUGUUCUGAGGAGCAGAUAGUUGGCCAGUGGAGGAAAUACACGGGUGUGAAGAAUACUCUGGCGAGGGAAGAGUCCCAAGUGGAACUUCUCAAAAGCCAGCUCAAGGAGCUCUUUAAGUUCUCAGUGGACUCGCGUCAACUUUCUGAUGAUGUCCUGGCUGUUGUCAAAGAGCAUCAGAGUGUGAAAUCUAGAGCAACCAGGCUGUGUUCAGAGUUGCAGUCAGGACUGAGAAAUAUUCUCCAGGACCCACUGCUGGUCUACACCCAAUGGAGCCACAUGGUUACUCAGGUGUUGGAGGCAUCUGCUGAGGUUACGGACUUCUCCCAUAUUGCCAUGAUAGUCCAGCGCAUAGAGCGCCUGCUGAAGGAUGGUGUCCAGUUGCAGGAGCAUUUCAGUCUGCUGCAUGUGAAGGGAGACCUGCUGGACUCUGUGUUUGGUCAUGAGAGGUCUGAUGCUUUGCAGGGCGAGUUGGGUGCUGCCAUCAAAAACAGAGAGCUGCUGCACACUCAGCUGCUGCAGAGGAAGAGCAGAUUACAGGCCUUGAUAUCAAGAGCCAAGGAUUUCGGUGAAGCCUACAAGUUGAUCCAAGCUAAGCUGGCCUAUCUUCAAGACAAACUGGUGCUUGCGGAUGGCCUUCACCCCGACAUUUUGGCCAAGAAAAGUCAGUCGGACCAGUAUAGGAUGAUCCAGAGGGACCUGGUGGACUGUGAAGCCCAUAUGACAGCACUGGAGACUCUGGUCUCCUCCAGUCAGAGCAACCGGACUAUUUUUGAGAGGGUGUUAGCUGACUGGAAACAUCUUCAAAAGGCAGUCAGGACAAAGGUGCAUGGCAGUGAGGAGAGCAUUGCAGUUCAUGAGAGCUUCCAUGACAGCCUGCUGAACAUAGAGAAGUGGCUGAUGAUCAUGAAGCAAAAGUUAAAGUCAUUUCACAGCUCUGCGGGAGAAUGGAGCAUAGAGGGCCGCCAACAUGAAGCAGAGAGAGCACUAGGAGAAUUUCCAGAGAAGGAGAUUCAGCUACAGCAGAUGGAGGUCCAGGGUCAGGGGGUUUUGGAGAGGACUUCAAAGGAGGGGCAGAUACACAUUCUGCAAGACAUGAAGCGGCUACGAAAGUCCUGGUUGUCCCUCUACAACAUGAGUCUCAAUCUUCACAGGUUACUGAACAGCUCCAUGGAGCCGACAGCAUGGAAGGAUAGAGGCCUGUCUGUAGACAUCUCAUUCCUAACAGAACUCCGUCUAGGGGAGGAGGACAGUGAGUUCUUGGCAGGAGGCUCAAGGAGUCAGAGAGGCCAAAAACAAGAUCAGUCAAUAGAGAAGUUUGGAGCUUUUGCAAGCCCUGGGCCUGGACAAGGAGAUAGUCUGGAGGGAGAGGCUGGGGAGAGGGUGCUGACGGGGCGGAGUGCAUGGAUCCAGGGCCGUGCUGAAGGCCAGCUCAUGCUGGCUGCACAAGAUGAUGAACAUUUCACUCCAUCAAGGACAGAGAAGGACAGUCAGCGCUCAUUUAAUGGAGAUGAAAUAGAUUCCUCGGCUUUGAGCAGUCAUGGCAGCCAGGGUGUUCCCAAGGACACAGAUCAAUGGCCUGAUAAUAAAUCAACAGGGGCUGACAAUCGCAUCUUGAUUGGAGACAGAGGAGUAGCAGCAUUAACUGCAAAGGGGAACACAGGACACUGCAAAUCCAGAAUGAAUGAGUUUGAGGCGUGGCUGUGCAAAGGGAAUGAACUCCUCUCAGGGAUCCUCAGCACCAAGAGAGCAACCCUCAGUGCCAAAGAACUCAAGAUCCAACAGAACACACUUGAAGCUCUGCAGGCAGGAGUGGCCUGGGGUCAAAAGCAGUUCCAGCUGUUACUGAAGGAAAAGCAGUGCAGAGUGUCUGGUUCUGGGUCAACAGAGGAUGUGGGUCUUGAGGAAAUUCGCUACAACUGGAUGCUCUACAAGUCCAAACUGAAGGAUGUGGGAGACAUCAGAGCUAGGAGCAAUGCUAAGAAGCCCGGGUUGUUGCAGCGGGUAUGUCGGCUGGCUUUUAUUCUUUGGAUCCCUCUACUGGCACUGCUGCUCCUGUUGUUCCUCCUGCCCCUCAUGGAUGAAGGCAACAGCUGCUCGUUCUCCAACAACUUUGCCCGAUCCUUCAACAUCAUGCUUCGCUAUGACGGACCUCCACCCACAUAACCAUCUUACAGCCAUGGCUUAUGUAGAACAUUUUAACUGUAAUUCUUGAGGUUCCACAUUCAUGCAUGACUAUAACACCACAAAUAACAAGACACAACCUUAAUAUUUCAGUUCAAUAUAAAGGCUGUGCCACUUCAAACCCUUUGUUCCUGUGAUUUCACUCGUUUUAAAUAGUGGUUUCACUAUUUUCUUCUAAAGAACUAAAGAUUAAUAUUUGUUAUCUUUUAUAUUAUUAUAUAUUAUCCUAAUAUUAGCAGAGAUUUCAUAACAGCUAAUCUGCAUCUAUUUAAAGCAGACAUACUCAUUCAGGUUCAUCAUUUUAUUUUAGGUCAUUACUUAUAAAGCCUUAUAUGUUCUAAUGAUCAGAAAAUACAUCGCUUUUCUUAUUCUGUCCAUUUCUGCAGCUCUUCAUAUUUUUUUGUGUAAGCUCCUGUCUCUUUGAGGCCCCCUCUUGAUAAAGGCCAGGCUUAUCUGAUUGGCUACAUUGGCUUUGUUGAGAUAGGUAGGAAAUGUAAACCCGGCCCUUGCUUUAGUUGCCUGUGUUAGGGGAUGUGCCAGACUGACAUUACAUCACAUGACAGUCAGUGAUGUCAUGUGACAUCACAAUACCCCAAGUAUCGGUAGGACUAAAAUGUAACAUACAAGAGGAAAGUGAAAAUCGAUAUAAUCUUUAUAUCUAUUCAUGUUUCAGUAAGACUAAAGUAAUUUAUAUUAGUUAUUUCUUUGAAGCUCUUUUUAACUGUACAACCACCUCAUGAAAGCUGAUACUUUUCUAUCCUGGGAUGCUAUUUUGGUUUGAGCAUGGUGAUAGAUCAUUUUCACAGCCUAAUCCACCAUUGAAAAUAUUUACAAAGCAAUCUACCUUUGCCCCUUGUUGACCAGUGUGCUGUUUAUGCCAAUGCCUGAGCAAUAAUAUUUUGUGCAAAUCCACAUACCUAUAGCUUGUAUUAAAUCUUAUAUUCCAUCUUUCUCCACACCUGGCACACUCCUAAAAGCAUACUUCUAUCACCUCCACACACCAUCACAAAGACAGUUAGUUUCCCUUUUUGGGUUGUUUAUCUAUAUUACUGAUAUGGUAAUAUAGAUUUGACAUUCAUAGACAGAUACUUAAUUCAUUCCCAUGGGGACAUUUAGAUAUCCAGUAGCUCACAAAGAAGUCAAAGACAUCCAAAUAAGACAAAUAUCUGAUUGAUAAAAUAAAUAGAUAAAUGAUAAAUAGAAGAGGUGCAAUGAUAAAAGUCCCUAAAACAGUCUUUGAAGUGUUUGUAUAAAUCUCAUUUAGCGACAAAUUACGAGUAUCUUGACACAGCAAUAGAGCCUUUGUGCAUUGUGCAACUUCACAAUUGUUACAGUAUGUGUGUAAGUACUUGUUAAAUUCUGCUUCAGUUUAGACAUAAUUGUAAAUCUCACAUAAAUAAACAAGACCCCACUGCCUAGAUAUUGCUAUGAAAUAAUAUAAUGUAGAUUCAACUUGGUUACAAAACUGUUGGUGCCAUUGUUUCAAAAAUCUAAGUUUGAGAACUAAAACUUUACCUGCAGGAGUUGUACUUGUGUGUGCAUGUGUACAUAAGCAUUUCACCUCACAUCUAAGAGGUUUCCUUAGAAGCUUCUUCAGAAGCGUCUUGAAUGAAAGGUGAAACAUCUUCAAGAAACAAAAGCAAGAUCAGUUGCUUAUGCACACUUGUAACUUAUGAGGAUACCAUGACAUGGAUGACUAACUUUCAAAUUAUAAUAUGCUAUAUGCAGCACCUUUAAAGUUAACAAACUUACCACUAAUUGAAAAGCGGUAUACAUUUAUCAUGGCCUCAGAUUUUUAUGUAUGCCUAAGUCACUUGUACUCUGUGCCAUAAUCAUAUGUCGUUAUUCAGUAUAUAGCUUAAUAAACCACUUGUGUACUAUAUAGCAUUUAUAUAGCCAUGCUAAAUAUAAAGCUUAGUUCUGUCAUGCAUGUGAAUGUAGCAUUACAUGCGAAAUCAAGUGUCCCUUUAAAGAAGACUAUGCAAUGCCUGGACAAAAUUAUAUCUUAUGCCACAAAAAAAAUGACAUGAAUAUCAUGAGCCCACUGGUCAGUGUGUGUGACAAUCAAAUAGAAUAAAAGCAAAAUUAGAAUGUCCCAUUUGUUGGAGUACAAAUGUUAUGCAAAGAUGACCUAUAUGCCAGUGCCUGCUGUCAGUUUAAGCUAUUGCUUAUGAAGAAGAAUGUCAAGUUAAAGCUUUAUUGAAGAAAAAGAUGAUCUUUUAUGAAAGGUUUGAAAUAGGAUAAAUAACUGUUUGAAAGAACUUGUAUUUAAACAAUGUUAUUUGUUCUGAUUAAAUAAAUCUAUUUACCUAUUCUGA